GCUGCAGACCUGCACUCUCAUCUGGAUCCGUUCUGGAGGAGCAGACAUGAACCAGAGCGCAGGAGCCGUGCAGCACACCCGGAGGUUCUCCGCGGAUGAAAAGGACAUCGGACCCAUUGGGCCCGACAGGAACUGGAAGGGGAUCGGCAUCUCGCUGCUGGUCAUCGCGAUCAUUCUCUCUUUCAUUGGACUCUCCAUUGUUCUGCUUUCUAAAGGUGGUCCAGGGAACACGUCUGGCUCACCGCUGACUCUGGAUGAUCUCUUCCAGAGGAACUUUCAGAUCCAUGACCCGGAAGCAAAGUGGAUCAGCGCGGAGGAGGUCCUGUUCCGGAGCGGGGACGGAGACGUCUUCAAGGUCAACGUGGAGGACAACCAGACGGAGCUGCUGCUGAAGAACACAACCUUUGCAACCUUUAAGGCAACCAAGUUUGCAGUUUCUCCAGACAAGAACUUUGUUCUCCUGGGAUAUGAUGUCCAGCAGGUCUACAAGCAUUCCUUCCUGGCCUCCUACCUGAUCUACAACCUGCUGACCAGAGAGGUGCGGGAGCUCAACCCUCCGGAGGUGUCCGACUCCGUCCUGCAGUUCGCCUCGUGGGGCGUUCAGGGCCAGCAGCUGAUUUACAUAUUUGAGAAUAACAUCUACUACCAGACGCACACCCAGAGCAGCUCCUGGAGGCUGACCUCCUCGGGACAGGAGGGCGUGGUCUUCAACGGCAUCGCUGAUUGGCUGUAUGAGGAGCAGGUGCUGGGCUCCCAGGUGACCCACUGGUGGGCCCCUGAUGGCUCCAGGCUGGCCUACCUCACCAUCAACGACUCCCUGGUGCCCACCAUGCUUCUGCCUCGUUUCACCGGCGCUCUCUACCCCAGAGGGACGGAGUACCCCUACCCCAAGAUGGGACAGACCAAUCCCAGCGUGGACCUCCAUGUCGUGUCUCUAGACGGCAGCUCCUCCACCACCCAGCUCAGGCCUCCUGACAGCCUGGAGAGCGACUUCUACAUCACCAUGGUGAAGUGGGUGACCCGGCAGAACCUCAGCGUCCGUUGGGUGAACCGAGCUCAGAACCUGUCCAUCCUUUCUCUGUGUGACGUCUCCACAGGCGUCUGUGUGAAGAAACACGUGAUGACGUCAGAGGCGUGGCUGGACCGGCAGAACCAGGAGCCGCUGUUCUCCAGGGACUGCACCACCUUCUUCAUCAGCGCCGCCCUGCUGGACGGGGGCGGAGCCUUCAGCCACGUGGCCAUGGUCUCCCUCCAGGCUGAUGGAGAACAGGGCGCCGUGCAGCAGCUCACCUCCGGAGGCUGGGAGGUGUCCAGACUGCUGGGCUGGGAUGAGAGCAGCAGAUCAGUGUAUUUCCUGAGUACAGAGGAAGGAACGGCUCAGCAGCACCUGUACAGGCUCUCAGCGGUGGAGCCUUUCCACAGAGAGUGCCUCAGUUGCUCUCUUUUCCAACCCAACUGCAGCUUCUACGACGCCGUCCUCAGUCCAGACCACCGACACGUUCUCCUCAGCUGCAGAGGUCCUGGAAUACCGCAGACUUCCCUCCACAGGCUGCAGGACAUGAGCACAGGGUACACCAUCCUGGACAGAAACACAGAGUUAAGGCGAGCUCUGACCAACAGAACCGUACCGAGGAGGGACCGGAGAACCGUGCAAAUAAACCGUUCUGGACUUCGCCUGGAGUUGGUGGUUCCUAUAGACCUGGAUGAAACAACGGAGCACCCGCUGUUACUCCUCCUAGACAGCGCCCCCGGUGGCCAGGCGGUUAGUGGGCGUUUCUCUCUCGGCUGGGAGUCUGUGCUCGUCAGUUCUGACCGAGUAGUUGUGGCCCGUCUGGACGGGAGAGGCAGCAGCUUCCAGGGUCAGAAGAUCCUGCAGGCGGUCCACCAGAACCUGGGCAGAGUGGACGUCCAGGACCAGAUCACAGCGCUGGAGCACCUGAUUAAGCUUCCCUACAUUGAUGGCAGCAGAGUCGGAGUCUAUGGAAAGGCAUAUGGAGGAUUUUUGUCCUCCCUCCUGCUCCUGUCCCACAGUUCAGUGAUUAAAUGCGGCGUUGCUGUGGCUCCAGUGACCAACUGGAGACUUUAUGGUUCUGCCGGCUCUGAGAAGUUCUUUGGCUUUCCUGUAACAGAGGAUGACGCCUACAAGAUUUCCAGUCUUCUCCGGGACGCCACAGAUCCGGGUCCACAGGACUUCCUGAUCAUCCACGGCACCGCAGACGCCACCGUUCACUUCCAGCAUUCUGCAGAGUUGGUCCAGCUCCUGUCAGCAUUAAACAUUAACUACACACUUCAGAUUUUCCCGGACGAAGGGCACGAUAUCAUCAGCAUAAAGAGUCAGCGCUACAUGCAGAACUCGGUGCUGAGCUUCUUCAGGCGCUGCUUUGAGGAGGAGACGGCCGUCGUCAUGGAAACGUCCAAAGAAGAUGACUGAGGAGGCGUCCAUGUUUCCCUAAAGGGCUGCUCUCUUUACAUCCCUUCUGUCAUGAUCUCACUCAAACACACCUACCGUAGGGAAGAUUAGCGCUCCAUUUUAGCACAAAUAACCAAAUGUGAACUUUUUACAGACGGCCGUCAUCCUGUGAGCAUAAUGUCUGCUGACGAGACAAAAUCCACUGAAUUUCACCACAAUUAGAGGACAUGACCACCGUACAGCUGCUGCAGGUGCCUUUACUUCACUAAAGUUAUUAUUAUUUAUUGCUGGGACAUGAAGAAUCUGAACAUUUUAAAUCUGUGUGACAUAUUAUCAGGCGUGAGAUUACACAGAGGAGAAGUCAGAGAAAAGGAAGUUCCUGCUUUGGUUUUAAUGCCAUCAAACUGACUUUAUUUAAGAUGUAGACGCACCCAUCAGGCCUUUUCUGACCAAUUUACAGCUUUCUAUGAGGUCUCAGCUGCUGCUUUAGACUUUUUUCCCUUGAAGAUGAAAAAACGUGUUGCUGAAAAUGGAGAAAUUACGAGAUUAUCCUGGUUUAUGGAUCAAAUCUGUCCCUAACCUUUGUCUGAUUUCUGUGAAGCUCAGAAAAGGUCUUUCCUGCUGGUGGAUGUCUUCACAGACAAAUACUGUGGGAGUCCUUAGCUUUGAUGCGUUUAACUUUUUCUUUUAAAUCAGAUUAUUUUUCACCAGUCUAAACCCAUCUUUGGCCAUUUAUCAGUCCGGCUCUCGUAUGAUCAGACUGUUUGACAUUUGAUUAUAAUCUGAGGUGAUUCCUUGAAGCAUCAUUAAUGCUGUGUUUUAAUCAUGAAAUCCUGUAAUGUGAAAAUGCUUUAAAAAUAAAAGAUGGAGGUUGUUCUGUGAA